AGUGGACGAGGGGAAAGCUGAGGGCUACUGUAACUCACUGCAUGAGAGGAGCGUCGCUGAAAUCGUCUGAAUACAAUACACAAGUAACCUGCGCUUUUCUAUCCGUAUAAAUCUUGGACCUUCUGUCUGGUGCUUCUGUUUGAGUUUUUGUGCAUUUCUCUGUGAAAUAAGAGUAGGCUAUUUCGAGAGCUGCCUUGCAAACCAUUUCUCUUCCGUCUUUCUGGGACUUUGUAGUUAAUGUCUGAGGAUUCAACCCCAAAACGCAAUAAUGUAACUGAAUCAAAGACUUAUUUUUUUUCGGGACAAAUAGGCCUAGCUACACAGUGUUGAUUGAAGCAACCGAUUGAGACAGUCAUACGAACGUGUUCCAAGUGAGGAUCAGCUCAACGCAUAUCCAAAACGCAUUACUGUUCCAAUGGAUUUCUGAAAAGGGGCGUACCAUAUGCAAGAACCAGACAUUGCAGAUCAUUCUACUACAUUCUCUACUGUAAAGUUGACUGGCUGCUGGAACUACAAAUGUAUGUUAGAAUAGCACCAUUUCUUUGACCCGAUUAAAUAUUUGAAUGCGCAUGUUUUUAAAAGAAAACAGUGUUUACACAUGCUCUUAUUGGAAUAGGCUGUGUCAUUUGGAAAUACGAUUUGAUUACUUUGUAUUAUUUUCUACCACGGCUGGAACAAGCGUUGCUAUGCAGAUCAUGCACUGUUGGCCAAUGUUAGCGAUACAUUUGAUCGUCUGACACCAUAUCUCAUUUUAGGGGAUAUCUUUUAGGCUGUCUCAACCAACUAUUGGAAAUGUAUUUUGCGUAAACUGCUUUUUGGAUAUUACAAAACCAUGAUGGCAAACGAGAAUCCUUAUAACAGUCGUUUUAUUGUCGAAAAAUACAUCCAUCACAAACUGUUGAACAUGGGAUUUGUAUGGAAAUUUCAAGGAGAAAACGAUUCUCCAAAUAAUGGCUUUGGGGACCCCUCUACACCCAACUCCCCCGAAGUUUUUGCACGGAGGUCCCAGCCCACUGCCGCGGGCGAGGACACCGACUCUCCUUACCAAAACAGGAGUCCGCAACCUGACCCACAUGCCAGGCUCCACAGGGUCCUGCGCGAGGCGGGUGGCGAGAUUGAAAGAAUGUAUCAGCGGGACUUUGCAGAGAUGUCGGGGCAGUUGCAUUUUACACCCAGCACGGCACAGAGAAGGUUUACCGCUGUAAUAGAUGAGCUCUUCAGCGACGGGGUAAACUGGGGUCGGAUUGUGGCUUUCUUUGAGUUUGGAGGGACAAUGUGCGUGGAGAGCGUCAACCGGGAGAUGACGUCCCAGGUAGACAACAUCGCUCGUUGGAUGACGGAGUACUUGAACGGACCCCUACAGAACUGGAUCCAGGAGAAUGGUGGCUGGGACGCCUUUGUGGAGAUCUAUGAGCAGCAGAGGAUCUCUCACUCCUGGCCGUACUUAAAGACAGUGUUCGGCCUGGCAGCCCUGGGAGCCGCCGGAGUCACCAUCGGAGCCUUGUUCACCCAGAAGUGAUCCAAAAGGCCCCAGAAGACACCCCCCCCCCCCCCCCUCGUCAAUCACCUGCUACCAGAUGAAGGCUCCUUACCCAGUAGCCCCCCCCCCCCCAAAGGCCCACAGCAAGUUUUCUUUCCAAAAAACUUGCAGCCUAUAACUUUGCUGUGCACAGACUACAAUAUUUCGUCUCUCGUUCCCAUCACCUUUUUUCCUCAUGUAUCUUCGAAAGCAACUCACAGCUUAGCACUGCCCAGCCUGGGCCUGUAGCCUGGUUCUAUCCCAGAGCUCCCAGCUCUUCAAAUGAAACUGCACAACUCUGUUACUCCCCAACUGCCAACGGAACAGUUCUUUCAUACUCUAUGACCCAUCCUCCUGCGAAAUGAAAAGUACAGCCUUGUAUAUGCACACACACACAGGUAGAUGCACCCAUGCAUAUUCAAUACUACUGUAGGAGCUUAACAACAAGGAAUAUCUAUGGAAAGAUUGCAUACAUACUUGUUUGAUAAUUAUACACUCAUACAUAGACACACACCAACAGACACCAAUGAAUAUUGCAUUUUGGAGAUAAACAUAUUCACACAAACUCAAGCGUGCGUUCUCACAACCAAAUUACUUGUAUGAUAUAUGGUUAAUGAACAUAACACAACAAGUGAUUGUUUAUCCAUAAACUGAAAAACAAACUGUUUUUUUUUUUAGAUAACUGUUUUCAGCAUGAUUCUGUGGUACAUGUAACAUUGUAACAUUGACACUGACCGAAAGGUAAAACAAAAACAAACAAAAAACAUCCCAAAUGUACAGUUCACACCCAGCUUCUAUCGCCAGCAUGUGUGGUGAAGGUGGCCAUUUUUGCCAGUGUCCAUGUAUGCAUGAUGACUUUUGAUGACAUGGAGCACGUUUGGCAGAGUGAUUGGUUUGGACAAAGUCAGGGUUGUGUUCAGUGGGCCCGAAAUGGAAGAGAACGGCCCAAAACCAGGAGUUACAAUCCAAACUUGUCCAAUA